GGUAGGCCUAACCGUAGAAGUUGAAUGAAGUGUGGAUGGGGCCUUAGGUAUAAACAAGCGAGAUGAAGAGUGAGAGAAUCGACAGACUGUCUUACUCUUUAUCCACUCUUGGUACCAGAAUUUCCUAUCGCUGGUACAAGAUGAAACGUGGAAACAUCAGGUAGUAGAGGUCAGAGUUGACCUCGCUACCUGGAAUCGUAAUCCCGGUUUGGUCGUGUUCUUGAAGAUUGCAUCACUCCCCCAAGCCACUCAAUUGAUUGAGGUACGGUGACUAUAUAGUAAUUUACAUUUAUGACAGUUCAGGUUAGUGAAAGGUUGCUGUACAAUAUACAUAAGCUCAGUAAGUUUGACUUAUUUAGUAUACGUUUUCAGUUGUCGAGUUGGAUCGCCAACUUGUUGAAAGAGACAGGCAGGUAACAGAAACCACAUCGGUUUAGUCAAUUUUUAACAUAGCGUUAUGGUGAGUAGAUAUUGAACAGUUCUGGCGGUCACCACAUCACGGACUUGUUGUUGACAAUCACAGCUACAGAUGAUGAAAGCUGAGACACAAUUGAGGGCGGCUUCACCACCGCAAAUGUAAGAAUUUAAAGCUAUACGAUUCAGUCGAACUGAUCAGUUCGAUGAAUACAAAAUGGUUAACAUAUACUUGAGCUGCACUUGUUGUACGAUUGAUCACGGAUUUUUAUAUUUUAGAAUGGCAGCGAGGAAUUUCUUGUUUUUCUGCGUCUCUUUCUUGGUGCCUUUUGCUGAAGUUUAUAGCCAAUCGCAGUUUCUUCGCUGGUGCGUACAGGAAAACGGCAUGUGUCAUCAAAACUGGGAAUGCUGCGACAAGAUGUUAUGUAGCGAUCACUUUGGAAUCGGCAAGUGCAUACCAAUUACGUCAUCGCCUCCUGUUUUUCCUGUUACAUGGCCUCAGACUUAUCCUCACCAUUGGCCGGUACUAUGGCCUUUUCCGCUGCUUAAACCAAAGAAAAAGUUAAAAAAGAAAAAGAAAACAAAGAUCUUGAUUAGAGUGUGCGGUGAUCUCAUGGGAUUGAACGUCAAGGCAAAGAAAAAGAACAGUUUAUUUAGAAGCUUAAAGUGUAAACAGAGAGAACGCGAUGGACACAAGGAUAAAACGCAGUAGUAACAACUCUGGCUCAUAGCAAUGCCUUCCUGCAAUCUGUAGAUUGAAUACUGUAAUUUGAUGUGCGUCUUGAAGGCCUCUUUUCUUUUCCCGCUGACAGCGUUAGAGUGUUUCUGUCGAGGAACUAUCGGCUGAUAGUUGCCUCGCGG